GUUCUACCCACAAUGCCUUGUGACCUGCUGGGAGCGAACACAACACGUGGACUCACUCCGCUCCACCGGGAUUGGACCGCAGGGAGUGGAAACUUCUACAGACAGCAUGGAUCAUUUGCCGGAUGAAAACCGGCGGUACAAAGACGUGGACUACUGGGACGAGAGGUACCGGGUCGAGCAGAGCUUCGACUGGUUCGGGGACUUCUCCAAGUUCAAGCAUCUUCUGGAGAACCUGAUCAACAAGGAUGACUCCAUCCUGGUGCUGGGAUGUGGGAACAGUUCGAUGAGCGGGGAGAUGUACGACGCGGGCUACCGCCGCAUCACCAACAUUGACUACUCGUCCGUGUGCGUCGACGCCAUGGCCGCCCGCCACGCCCACUGCCCGGGGAUGACCUGGCGCCAGAUGGACGCGCGCCAGCUCGACUUCCCCGACGCCUCGUUCGACAUCGUCCUGGAGAAGGCCACGCUGGACGCCAUGUUGGUGGAGGAGAAGGACCCCUGGAAGGUGUCCCCGCAGACCGCCUGUCUCAUUCACCAGGUGCUGAAGGAGGUGAGACGCGCGCUGCGCCCGCGGGGCCGCUUCCUCUCCCUCACCUUCGCCCAGCCGCACUUCAGGAAGCUGCUCUACGCCCGCCGCGAGUACCGCUGGUCGGUCGCCCAGCACACGUACGGGGACGGCUUCCACUACUUCCUGUACGCCAUGACGGCCGGGGAGGAGCUGAGCCCCGAGGACGCGGCGAUGGAGACGAGGCGGUUGGAGGAGGCCGAGGCCCCGCCCCCUCAGGUCACCUUCAUGCAGGAGAGCGACACAGAGGACUUCCUGGGGAACAUUGCCCUGUAGGGGGCGGGUGGGUCGGACCCCGGUGUCACGAGGGGCCUGACCGCUGGUGUUGGGUUUCUGCUCUCGGAGGAUUGUGGACUUUUAAUGGAAACGUUUUUAUACAGACGGUUAUAAUAAACAACCUUGUUUGGUUAGGAUUUUAUAUUUUCUUGUAGUUUAGCCUUAUCCCUCUGUUCUCCUUCUAAUCUGUGGUUGUAUAAUACGUGCCAUGUGGUGGACGCUUUUAUCCAAAGUGUCCCAUGAUGCAUACAUUAGUUUCGAGGCGUAAGAAGGCCUCGAAACAUACCACGGUGAAAGUUGUGUAUUACUUUUCGCAACUCAUAACUAGUUUGUACAACACUGCUACACAGAGUUUUUUUAUUUUGUCCGGUUUACUGUGUGUGUUUCAGAUGAGUUCUGGAGCCGGCAUUGGAUUCUUUCAAUGGAUGCAGGGUGCUGAACAAAUGUAAACCCUUGGCCAAAACAAGGUCGCAAGCCUUCCACUGCGCUGUAUUUUAAAUGAAUGGACUUCUUGUGAACUGCUAUGCGACCACAGAACCCUGGCAGUUUUAGUGUCACGCUCUACUGAAGAGUGCAAUUUCUAUUUUGAAUUGUGUUCCACUUUUAUUUGUGAAACUCGUGGUGCUAUAUGAGUUGAACUUGAGCAAAAUCUGCAUCUGCCUCGCAGCCAAAUAUGGCUGACAAAACGCAAGGCAAACCUGCAUGUUGAGAGAUUGCUUAAUAAUUGCAAGGGGUUGGUGUUUGAAUGAGAACUAAAGCCUGCAUGUUGAGUAUCAGGCAGCAGUCUAUCAGUAUUCUAGUAGCAGCCCCGGCCUUUCUGCUUUGCCUGCUGCUUCAAUGUCUGGUGCGAGACUGUGAUCAGACAGUGCUGUUUAACACGCAGUACAUUUUACACCUGCGAUCAAGCACUAGAGUUCAGAAUUAACAACAGCCCAAGCGCUUGGCUGGGAGCCAGCCAUCGGGAAGCUACCCUUGACUCUUGACUCACACAGCAGCACCAGCAAGCCCUACCCUGGUGUCAUUUUAAUGUUUCUCAUUGACAUCAUCACCUAUCGCUACUUAUACCUAUUGUUACAUAAUCCAGAACGCUCCAGUGGGCAUGGUGCUCCCUCUCUCUCCACAGCCCUCCAGGUCGGUGAUGAUCUCAUGGUGGAGGCCCGACGCCGUAUGUCUGUUCGACAGCUACAUCAAUUAGGUGUCGUACAGCGGGCCUAAUUAGCCUCAUGAAUUAGGUUGUUGUCAGUGUUUGAGCAUUAACUUACAUCUUGGUCAGACCCUGAAGGACCUUUUUAACACGCACAGACUGGAGAAAUAUGACCUCAUCUCAUACAACGCAGCAGCUACAAAAAGCCAAGUCAUCCGUAAUGUUUGUUCAUUGUAAAGUAAGUCAAGUACCCUAAAAGGAUGGCAGAUACAGUAUACUAUGUACGAUCAAAAUACUGUGUCAAAUAAAAGUCAGGUUGUAACAUUUAAACAGUU